GGGUAUUUUAGUAAAAGUUAUUGUGGAUGAUAAUUUUUGUUUCGAAAUAGCCAAAAUAAAUCCUAAAGAAGAAUAAGGGUAGUACAGUAUAUUGAAGCCGCCUUAAAAACCCAGUUUACAAGUUUGAAUUUUCGUUUUUUAAGUUCUUCUAUUUUAUGUUAUUAUUACAUCAUAAAUCUCAGGGUCAACUCUCCCCUUCUCCUUCUUCUUCAUUCCUGCUCCCUAUGGGUAAAGGACACAGUGGACAGAUAUAUUACUAAAUACUAAAAUUUAUUCAAAGGAAUUCCCAAUGUUUUCUGUGCGCACAAAGUCACGCGUACGGUGUGUCGUCCGACUCCGACGUCACCUCUCUCUCCCAGCGCUUUCAAGAAGAAUGAUGUCGACAUGAUGGUGUCGAAAUCCAAUUAGAUUAACACCUCGAUACGACGACGUCCAUCCUCGAGUCCUCUCAUAAACCCACCUGCUCCUCCCUUCCUGCAUCCCCUUGCAUCGAUGAAGCAGAAGACGUGGCCGUCCGGUUCAGGCAACCACCGCUUCACCGCCCUCCUUUUGGACAGAAGAGAAUCCCACCCCCGAUACGAAUCAGAAUAUCCGCCGUCCAGGUCCGAACCCGCAUACACCUCGAAGAGGAAAUCGACCCGUUCAUCCGACCAACAUAGACCUUCUUCCCGGUCUUCUUCUUCCAGAACCCAUCGCUACGAUUACUCUGCGCUCCCUUACGACGUCGUUUCGAAGAUCGCCGCCUCUUUCAAGUACACCGAUUUGCGAGCGGCGUCGCUGGCCUGCAAAGCAUGGAGGGACGCGCUUGCUCCGUUGAGGGAAGCCAUGUUGUUCUUGAGGUGGGGCAAGCGGUACAAGCACGGCCGGGGUGGGGUGAAGCCCAAUUUGAGCAAGGCUUUAGAUUCUUUCCUAAAAGGCGCGGCGCGUGGGUCCACUCUUGCCAUGGUGGAUGCUGGCCUUCUUUAUUGGGACAUGGGGGACAAAGAAAAGGGCAUUGCUUUGUAUAGGAAGGCAGCUGAGCUUGGUGAUCCAGCUGGACAGUGCAAUUUAGGCCUCUCUUACUUGCAAGCUGAUCCACCAUUCUACAAUGAGGCUUUGAAAUGGUUGUACAAGGCAUCUUUGUCUGGACAUGUCCGUGCUCAAUACCAACUUGCACUUUGUCUACAUCAAGGGCGUGGUUUACCGAAGAAUCUCAGGGAAGCUGCUCGAUGGUAUCAGCAAGCUGCCGUAGGUGGUUAUGCGCGUGCUAUGUAUAAUACUUCAUUGUGCUACUCUGGUGGCGUAGGCUUUUCACAGUCUCAUCAAUUAGCAAGGAAGUGGAUGCAGCGAGCAGCCAAUUGUGGUCAUGUCAGAGCUCAAUUUGAGCAUGGACUGGGUCUGUUUGCUGAAGGGGAUAUGAUGAAGGCUGUGGUAUACCUGGAGCUAGCUGGUCGAGCUGGUGAGAUAGCUGCUGAUCGCGUAAAAGCCGUUGUACUUCAGAAGAUGUCCUUAGCUUCCCGUGAACAAGCCAUGCGAAAUGCCGAUAAUUGGCGCCCCUUGCCUUCAUCACGCUGAAUUGUGUGGAAAUCUCUCUCUUUCACUGUAAACACCCUACAUUUUUCAUUCUCGUAAAUUUGUGUAGUGUAGUUUGCCUGCUGUGCAAUGGUUACAACUUGCAGUUGAUGGCUAUCCAGCCUUUUUAGUUUCACAGUGAUGUAUGUGGUAUAGCCCCCUCCGGGAGAAUUCUGUAAUAUAAGAGCUUAUUGUCUGAUUGGUAUCUUCCUUGUUUGGAACUAUGGAGUUUCCAAGAUAUAAAGGUGAAAAUAGACACAAUGGUUUGCUCAUUGUGAUCCUGUACUUGCCCUGGUGUAUCUAUCUAUUCGAUAAUAUCAGUCAAGGUUG